CAAUUGCUACAUUUAAGAGCCUAUUUACGAUUACGUAUAAGUAUACUGGACCUUCUGAUGCCGAUUCGUAUUAACCUAAUUAAUUCACAAACAAACAAUAAAUAAACGAUCAACUUUGUUUAUUUCCAGCAGUAGUGCCAACAUAACUGAUAAAUUAAUUUCUACUAUCUGUUUUGGUAUUACUGAUUAUUUAAAAUUGACAGAAUUCCGUAACGUACAUCGAACGUCUCUACAAGAGACGCUGUGUAUACUGUGUUGUGUGAACUACCGUUUGGAAGCAAAUAAAUAUACAAUUAUUUACUGUAAUUAAAAUUUUAAUACAGAUAAAAAAAUGAACCAACAUCGUAGACGAGCUGCGAAUUUCACAGAUUCGUUAAUAAGUAUUCAACACCCUGAGAUUGAUUCUACUACACAAUGCUCAAUGUCAGAGGAUAGCCUUAAUGUACUUAUGUCUCCAGUUGGGAGCCAAUCCGCACCAGAUUUAAAUAAACGUAUUAAUGUAAUUGAGACUGAGCAGUUACAUACUAAGAGAGGUGUUAUAUAUAAUCCUCAAUUUGAUAGAACAAAUAUUGAUGUAUGUAACACAUUACCAAGUGCAUCUAGAAGAGGAAGUUCUAACGUAACAAAUGGAAGCCCAAAAAGGGAUGCUAAUUAUAAUGUAAAUCAUAAAUCCACCAGAAUCUCGCAAAGUGCUAAACCUAAAAUAACAUCACUGUGGCAGCUUGUUUCUCUAUUAAAAUGUUCAAAUAAGGAGAACUCUAUCUGUGAUAAGAACUGUGAAAAUGAUUUUGAUGACCAGGAAGCAAAAAGAUUUGAAUCAAUCCUUUGUUCACUAGAUAGUCAAUUAUUUGAGAUGAAGGAAGAUGCUCAGUCAUCACAAAUAUUGAAACGUCUAUCUGACAAAUAUAUGCAUUCGCCAGAAAAGUUUACAGAGAAACUGCUAACUGUUAUAGAGGAGUCUGUGAUUCAUGAUGAUGAAAGUACAGUUAAUGGCUCGGCAAUAGAUCUAAGUAGAUUAACAACAGAGUUUAGAAAGAUGUGUAAAUUUAUAGAGGAUGAGACUCCUCCAAAAUGGCCCUUAUCUCCCUUGUCUAUGUCUUCGUACACACCAAUUUCUGUUACCCCUGUAUGUACUAAAACCAACAAUACUGGAGUUCAUAAAAAUGAGAAUGUGUGUUUCCCCACAGGUGCAUCCGUAACUAGUACACCUCUUUCUCAUACAAGUUCCCUUAAAAAGAGACUUCUUGAUAAAAUAGCAGGAAACAGCUAUAAUGGAAGUGUGGAUAACGUUUCUAGCAAUGCUACGUUUGAAACUCUAGAGGCCUUAUGUAAUAAACUAUACCCGAAUAAAUUACGUAAAAGUUUGUCGGAGCCUUCCUUAUUAGAUAUGAGUCAAAUUCGUAAUACCUGUGAGCAGCAACUGGCAUCAUUGAAUAAUUCUUCCGUAAGUCACAAAGAAAAUAUGCAAGAUGUGUCAAGUCAAUCUUCCGAUAAAUUAGAAUUUAACUGCACAAAAUUAAACGAGAUGAACGAUAAAUCGGCAAGCACUUCGUAUGACAACACGUCGUGUUCUGUGAAAACUUACAGAAAAGUAGAUAAUAACACAAACCGCUAUACAAUGGUAGAUCCAGAUGAAUUGGAAAAGACACUAUAUCAAGACAUAGUAGAAAAGAGAAAGAGAUGCCUUGAUACAGCAAGACUCAUUGCAGAAAUUAAUGUCGAUUCAGAAGCGAUAGAGGCACAAAGAUCGUCGCCUAUGUCAUUUGCCGAAAAGAACCCGUUGAAUAACGAGGAAAGUAAAUUUUUACAAACUUUGAUGUCUUGCAAAAAUUAUCGAAUGUACUUGGAAGAACGAAAACCUUUCUUCAAAUUGCUUCGUAAUUCGAAUCCUAGCACACCCGAAAACAGUAUUAAAAAAGCUGAAAGAUGCGAAGAUGUCAAAGAUUUAAAGAAUAAGACUCCCGGCAUCGAAGAAAACGAUAAACAAAGUCGAGGAGUGGAAGCGAAAAAUGAAUUUAAAAAGCCGAAAUAUUUUCGUACACCAGGAAAGACUCCGCCGAGUAAAGAAUUUAGACAAAAGAAAAAAUACUUUCAUAGUCCUGUAAAAGAGAACAUACCGGAAGAACACAUUUUGAAAAGCCCACAUGCGAAAGGAUUGUACAGAUUGAAUUAUACGACUGUAUUAUCUCCAGUGGCCAUGUACAUACGAGGUACAGAUACGCGACUUAUACAAAAUGUACGUCCUAAAGCAAAUUAUGAUUCCCUUGCACCUCAGAGAAAUAUUAAAGCAUCGCCAAGUGGAAGCUUAAAGUUGAAUACUCCAAGGAGAGGCAUAGACAGAUCUCAGCAGGAAACGUUGCCUAAAUUUAAUUUAUCUCCCAAAAUUGCUUCAUGCAACAAACAAGUACUUGCAGAGAAAAACUUAGAAUACGAGAGUCCAUCUGAUCACUUCAUGCUUCCUAAAGUUUCAUAUAAACGUCCCUUGUACGUUAGAACGAUAAAAGAAAGUACCACACCUAAGCAAGGGCACCGCGUUAAAAAACUACUUGAGAAUGUUGAAAGUAAAGUUGUUAUCCGUCAUGAAGGCCGGAUAAAUUCAGCGCAAAAAGGGAAAAGUACGGCAACUGAAAUUAAUUACGCGUCAGAAGAUGAAUCUAUACACAUCGAGACGAGAGCUAAUAGAAAUUUUUAAUCAAGAAACAAUUAUAUUUGCGAUGUUAAUAUUUCAUAUUUUAAUUACAGUUAAUUCAAAG